AAUGCUUUAAUACCGUAAAUAAUCAUGCACAGGGAAGAACCACUGACUAUAAAUUACACCGAGGAGUACGUUCAGUUAUUAAAACAGCACAAUAACAAUAUGUCCAAUAAAAACUAUUCAAUUCCAAGCUUAAACACAAUAAGUUGUGUACUCUACCACUGCCCUACAAAUUAUACUGUGUGGGUUGAUAGAAGGAAAGUACUUGAAGAAAUACCACGGGAGGUGUACAGUUUUGAGCAGGAAUUGGUUUGGACUAAAAAGCAGGCCGUAGAGAACAUGAAGAAUUAUCAAGUGUGGCACCAUUUAAAGUAUGUUCUCUCAAAAGUAGAGAAUGAAAUAUCUGAAGACUUAGAUAUACUAGAGAUAGUAAGGAAGGACACUAAGAACAUACACUUCUGGGGAGUAUUCCUGGCGUGCACGAAGAAUGUAGAAAGUGCUUUAGAGUAUACGAAAUAUUUUAUUGAAUUUGAUGUACGGAAUAAUUCUGCAUAUUCAAUACGGCACACUUUAAUUAUUCCACUACUAAGGAAGAGUACAAUACACCUUAAUAAAGAGAAAGACUUCCUUCUCUCUCUCCCUAUUCUUAAGCAUAACUUGGCAUUCUGGAACUAUGUGAUGGCACUGGACAGAGAAUUCCCUGCGUGUAAAUUGCUUGAGCUGUGCGAGGCAGCAAUGGAAGCAAAGCAGAUACCAAAGUACUAUGAGGACUAAUUAUUCCAUGGGAGUA